AAGCUGGCUUGGCGCGAAGCAGCCAAUGAGAAAGCAGCGUCUAUGCGCACUACUUUGGACGACUGCACGGCGGCCAUGGACGGGACGAGUGGUGUUCUCGCUCAUGUCCCAAACUUUUAGCAGUUUACCUUCGACACCAGCUUGAACGGAGCUGCUCUGAGUAGUCAUGGGGGAAAUAGAGGGGUCAUACCGGGUCCUGCAGACCCCAGGCACGAGGCUGGGAGCCCAGUUCAAUGCAGGUAUCAGCACGUUGGAGCCGGGUCAGAGCCUCAGCGGCAACAUGAUCAGUGGGACCAAUGGCCAGGGUCGAGGGCUCCAAGUCCGUGUACAGGGGCUGGACGAAUCCCAGGAGUUCUUUGACUUGGAUACAAAAGCAUUGGGACAGACGCUCCUCUCUGAGGUCUUUCUGCGAGGCAACCUCAUCGAGAGCGAUUACUUUGGCCUGGAGUUUCAUAACGCACAGAUGAACUGGCUCUGGCUGGAGCCCACAAAACUCAUUGUGAAACAAGUCAAAAGACCAGCAAACACCCAGUUUAGACUCUCUGUAAAAUUCUUCCCUCCAGACCCUGGUCAGCUGCAGGAAGAGUACACAAGGUACUUAUUCUCCCUGCAGAUGAAAAGAGAUCUGAUGGAGGGACGCUUGAUCUGCACAGAAAACACCGGAGCCCUUCUGGCCUCUCACCUUGUCCAAUCUGAGAUCGGAGACUACGACGAGGCGGCGGACAGAGACUUCCUGAGGAACAACACACUGUUGCCUUACCAAGAGAAGGUGCAAGAAGCCAUCAUCGACUUCCACCGGCGACAUCUGGGCCAGACGCCCGCUGAAUCCGAUUUUCAAAUCCUGGAGAUCGCCCGCAAACUGGAGAUGUACGGCGUCCGCUUCCACCCGGCGGCCGACAGGGAGGGCACCAAGAUCAACCUGGCCGUGGCUCAUUUGGGCCUGCAGGUGUUUCAGGGCCACACAAAGAUCAACACCUUCAACUGGUCCAAGAUCCGCAAGCUGAGCUUUAAGAGGAAACGCUUCCUGAUUAAGCUCCACCCAGAAGUCCAUGGCCCCCAUCAGGACACCCUUGAGUUCAUGAUGGGAAGUCGGGACCAGUGUAAAGUCUUCUGGAAGAUCUGUGUGGAAUAUCACUCCUUUUUCCGUCUCUUCGACCAGCCUCAACCCAAACCCAAAACGAUACUUUUCACCAGAGGCUCUUCCUUCCGAUACAGUGGGCGGACCCAGAAGCAGCUUGUGGAGUAUGUUAGGGAAAAUGGUGCUAAGAGAACCCCGUAUCAGAGGAGGAACAGUAAAAUACAAACAUCGUCUCGCUCCCUCACCAUUGAUGUGCCUAAACAGAGCUUGUCAUUCAGUGACCGUAUCAGGACGGUGGGCUCCCCUCCCGCUUCCUCCAUGUCCUUCCACUCACCGCACAUCUCCAACAUCAGCCCGCGAAAAGAACGGCAAGCUCAGCAGCAGCCUUCGCCCACCAAGGCACCCUCUUCACCAUCUUCCCAGCAGCCGCAUUCGCCACUCCAAAGCGCCAGACCCCCCAGCCCCCCAAAGGAAGAACCGGUCAACGAUGCCACUCCCCCGUCUCACUUCGCUUUUCAAGACACGGCGGUGGACAGCCCGCAGAUCUCGCCCUUCGACGCCAAGGGCCCCCUCUGCCUGUCACCCUCCUUCCAGAUGUCUACUCUCAGCCUGCCGAGCCAAGCCUCCUCGCCCCUGCAAAGCCCCAUCCUGAGUGAGGUGGGCAGCAAUGCCAGGCUAGACGAGGAGGAGGAGGGCAGGAGGAAGAGAUAUCCCGCCGACAAGGCCUACUUUAUUGCCAAAGAGAUUUUGACCACAGAGAGGACCUACCUGAAAGACCUGGAAGUCAUCACGGUGUGGUUCCGCAGUGCAGUGAUCAAGGAGAACGCCAUGCCUGAGGGUCUAAUGACGCUCCUGUUCUCCAACAUCGACCCCAUCUACGAGUUCCACCGAGGCUUCCUCAAGGAGCUGGACCAGCGCCUGGCUCUCUGGGAGGGGCGUUCCAACGCUCAUGUCAAAGGGGACUACCAGAGGAUUGGUGACGUGAUGCUGAAGAACAUGUGUGCUCUCAAGGAGUUUACUAGCUACCUGCAGAAGCAUGAUGAAGUCCUGACGGAACUGGAGAAGGCCAGCAAGAGGCUGAAGAAACUGGAGAUGGUCUACAAGGAGUUUGAGCUGCAGAAGGUCUGCUACCUGCCCCUCAACACCUUCCUGCUCAAGCCCAUCCAGCGCCUCAUGCACUACAAGCUCAUCCUGGAGAGGCUCAGCAAGCACUACUCGCCCACGCACCGCGACCAUGCCGACUGCAAGGAGGCUUUAAAGGAGGUGGCAGACAUAGCGACGCAGUUGCAGAGCAGCCUCAUCCGACUGGAGAACUUCCAGAAGCUCACCGAGCUGCAGCGAGACCUGAUCGGAAUAGAGAAUUUAACAGCACCGGGGAGGGAGUUCAUACGCGAGGGCUGUCUAUACAAGCUGACAAAGAAGGGGCUGCAGCAGAGAAUGUUCUUCCUGUUCUCCGACAUGCUCCUCUACACCAGCAAAGGCGUGACGGCGACCAAUCAGUUCAAAGUGCACGGGCAGCUGCCCCUUCACGGCAUGAUUGUGGAGGAGAGCGAGAACGAGUGGUCAGUGCCGCACUGCUUCACCAUCUACUCUGCACAGAGGACCAUUGUGGUGGCUGCAAGCUCCAAAGUGGAGAUGAGCAAGUGGAUUGAGGACCUCAACAUGGCCAUUGACUUGGCCAAGAAGUCGCAGGAGAAAUCCAGCAUCUUCCUGGAUGGCAGCAUCACAGAUCACUCCAACCGGUCAUCAGAUGAGGUUUCAGUGGAGCAGGAGUCGGAGGACGACAUGAACUCGUCGCGCACGUCACUGGACAAGCAGACGCACCACCGCGCCAACACUACCAUGCACGUGUGCUGGCACCGCAACACCAGCGUGUCAAUGUCCGAUCACAGCUUGGCUGUGGAGGUACUACCUUCCUCCGCCUGUUUAGUCUUCGGCUCUCCAGCGGUUUCGCCGGAGCUGCCUCCUCGCUACCUGCUCGGCCAGGGUCAAAGACCAAACACCAUCACACAUGUUUGCUGGUACCGAAACCAGAACCUCUCUCUCAUUGAUUACCUGCGCAUGAACCAGAAUCAGCUGUCGGGUUACCUCCUGAGGAAGUUUAAGAACAGCAACGGCUGGCAGAAGCUUUGGGUCGUUUUCACCAACUUCUGCUUGUUCUUCUACAAGACACACCAGGACGACUUCCCGCUUGCCAGUCUGCCACUGCUGGGCUACACGGUCAGCACGCCCGAGGAGGCGGACGCCAUCCACAAGGAUUAUGUCUUCAAGCUGCAGUUCAAGUCGCACGUCUACUUCUUCCGGGCCGAGAGCGAAUACACCUUUGAGAGGUGGAUGGAGGUGAUCAAGAGCGCCGCCAGCACAACGGGCAGGAUGAGCCUGCUCAUUCCCAAAGGAGGUCCCCUGGAGAUGAACGGAAACUGACAGCCCACCUGCGUCUGGAGGCGGGGCCUCCGGGACGCUAAUGGCGCAAUAACACACACACUUCUCACCUUUUUAACUGUAUUAAUUUGUGGGCGUGGCCAAAGCAAGCGUGAACUUUUAUGGGACCAACUUACAGCAAAGGAACCGUACGUGGAACAUGAAGGUGCAGAGGCGUGGUUGACGAAGAAGCUGAGGAAGGUUCUAGAAGGUUGGAAGGAGACGCAUUUCCACUUUGAAGAUUCGGCGCCGCCCUCAGGACUUUUCUAAUCAGUAUUAACGAAGGCCGCUCCGUCUAUGGCGGUCGUUGGCGUAUACUACUUCUCCUGUUAAUCGUUACCCCCCCACACCCUCUGCCCGUGUUGCGUGGCAUAACGGGAGGAAGCCAUCUUUGUGAGGUCACACGAUGGUGACGCGUAUAAUAUGACUGAUGUCUGGAAUGGAAGUCAUGUGACCUUGCGGCUGUCGCAGUAUGUUCUAGUGCUCUAUUUAUUGCGUAGUGUGUGGGUGGUGGGGCCGCGUUCCCCCCCUCCUGGCCUCAUUUAUUGUAGUCUUCAUGUUUGUUAUGAUCAUUUCCUUUGAAACGCCAUCAAAUAAAAACAUCAUUUCACACGA